AUGAAGAGCAAAGCCAAAGGGACUAUUCUGCCUCUGCGGCAGGCCGAAUUCGACGCCCUGCCGUAUUCAGUCCAGAGAAAGUACUUUUCAUCCCUGGAGCGUUUGCAGAUCGCCCAGCACGCCUCCGACGAGCCUACUACAUCAGGCCGCUCGUCCCAGGCCAGCACCGCUUCCAAAUCCCACCGGCCCUCGCUAUCUCUCGGCACCGGACGACGCAGACGCAAAUCCGAAAAGGCUGUGCACGCUCACGACAUCUCCCACAUUGACCUUGACUUCUUUCUCUCCUUGCCUGAAAAGGUACGCAAGCAGCAUUUUUCCCGCGAAGAGCAGGCCCUCCUCCAAGGCAGGCACGAACAGGCGUUCCUUCCCGACGACCAGGAUCCCGAGUGGGCACAACAACGCUUCAACGAUUUUCACUUCGACUUCUCCCACUCCACGCUCGACCUUCCGGAACGCGGCCGUUCACGACGUCGUUCAUCUUCGGCCUCUUCAACCGUCAGCCCUUCCCGCCCUACUUUCGGGCCUUCUUGUACAUCAAACACGGACAAGGACCGAAACACCCAUUUACUAUAUCUCGACACAAUGGCCACGCCCAUCUUCCAUCGGAGGGAAACCUCAACGGCAGACAUGAGACGAACCAUGUCCCUCACAUCGCACCCUGUCCGCCUUGGAUCUUCAUACAUGGCGGAUCCUCCACUCUUCAAUACCAGGCCGAAUCGACUCCACCAGCGUGCCCACUCUUCUUCUCUCACAGGCCACAUAUCGCCGUCUACGCCGCCAACUCUCAUGAUCGACCCCGAAGCGACACACUACCAGGAUCCCGAGGCGAGGAAAAAGCUGCGCAUGUAUCUUGCCUCUCCUCAAAAGUUCGACGAAGCGAUUGAAUUCGGCUUCCCAUCGUCCGCUGGAAGCGACGCCGCCACACCCCACUUCCAGCUGCCACAGAUCGACAAUCAUGCUCGCAAGUUCAGCCGAGACAUGCACACCUUCCUUAGGGAUGGACAGCUGUCGUUCUUCGAAGACCAUCCAAAGGAGAACCAGGGACUGGAAUCUGAUGCCGGCUCUGUAGCCGACAUGGACUCACCUGCCACGCCCUCUAGCACCGGCCUGUCUUUCCGCAUGCACUCCCGACAAAUCUCGCACCGCAAGUUCUCGGUCGAUUCGCCGGCUCCGUCGCCUGUCCACUCCGCCAAUGGCCAUUUUAAUCGCGAGAUGACGCUCCGUAUGACCUUGACCCGGCCCGAUUUACGAGCUGACGAAGAUCAACUGUAUGGCUGGCAAGGCUCAGGCUCGAGCUCAAGUCCCAAAACCUCGAAAGACGAUCCUCUGGCACUGGAAGACCUUGUCUUCACCGACGACAUGACCGGUACCAAGGGCGCCUUCUACGUUAAGCCUAAACCGCGCGGAAACCUCGUGAGCCGCCUACUGAAGCGUGCCAGCCUCAAGGCCACCAGUCGCUGA